ACAGAGUGAGCUCAGCUAGACAUUGCAACAUUGAUAUAGCUUAUACCGUGGGAAAGAGCGUCAGACUGGGUUCAGGCUGCCAACAGGGCGCAUGAUCUGGGUGGCUUGAGCUAAACGGCGAGCUUCUAAAAAUCAGAUCACGAAAUAAUUUUCUCCGGCCACAAUGAAACGUCCCUGUGAAGAAAGUUCUUCAGAUAGUGAUAUUGAUGAAACCAUAGACGUAGGGAGCGAAAAUAUCUACGCAGGACAAGACAAUAAUGUACUGAUGAGAGCUGGGUCUCCGUCAACAACUUCCCAAAUCAUGGCUAGAAAGAAAAGAAGAGGGAUCAUUGAGAAAAGACGCCGGGAUCGCAUUAACAACAGUUUGUCAGAGCUUCGUCGUCUGGUCCCCACUGCUUUUGAGAAACAGGGAUCAGCAAAGCUAGAGAAAGCGGAAAUACUUCAGAUGACGGUGGACCAUUUAAAGAUGCUUCGGGCGACCGGAGGUAAAGGGUUUUUUGACGCUCACGCUCUCGCCAUGGACUUUAUGAGCAUCGGUUUCCGGGAGUGCUUGGCCGAGGUGGCCCGUUAUUUGAGCUCGGUUGAAGGUCUGGACACCUCGGACCCGCUGCGUCUCCGUCUGGUCUCUCACCUCAACACGUACGCCUCGCAGCGAGAAGCGGCAGUGAUGAGCUCGUCGGUGGCUACUCACCAUCACCACCACCACCAUCAUCACCACCAGCAGCAGCAGCAUCAGCGGCACCAGCAGCGGCUCCAGCAGCACCAACAGCACCAGCACUGGGCCGCCGCCUUCCACCAGCUGCCCUCCGCUUUGUUGCAGCACCACGGCCUUGCCAGUGACCGGCUGCUGGCCACCGCCUCUUCUGAACUGCACCCAGGGCCGUGGCUUGUAACCCACUGCAAGAGGCACCAGUACUGUUACGAGCAAAUCGACAGCAAUUUUACACGCGAGCUUUCAGCUUUCAAGUAUCCUAAUGUGGACUAUUUUGUGUACGCAAAUUAUAACCAUUCCGCUGUAUCUCCCAAAGGAACCUUGCUCUAAGUGACACGACAACUUGCCACCGGAGAGAAAAGAAAUCCUCUCCUUAUGCCAUAAUGCACCUGAGAAUGACAGAAUGAAUCAAACCUGGCUGAUUUUGGAUGCUAGUUCCUUCCGAUCGCAAUAUACAGGGUAUCUUUAUGGAGCAGAGUUCCUGUUUUCCCCAUUUGAAGCGUCCUCCAACAAGAGCGACCUGUCUUAUGUAGAAUAACAGCAGUGGAACAAUGGAUUAAUUCAUUUCAGUUCAAUCGGAAGGCUUUGGCCGUCUUUCGGUUUUAUUUUCGCCGCUGGGAUGCUCGAUAGUUUCCCGGUGAGAUUGGAUACCAGAAAUGUUGUGAGACUGUGCCUACCACAGACGAGCAGGAUCUGAGGAACUGAGCGGAAUUCUCCGCAGCACCUGCAGCAUCAAAAGCAAUAAUGCCAAGACAGCACUCUCCCACCGCUGUGCCUCUUCCUGAAGUUGCCGAAUAUAACGUAGAAGUGGCAGCAGCAGUAGUAAUUAACCAGUCCCUUAUUUACGGGAAGUACAUUUAAUGCGCGAAUAUCAGGUUACGGCUGGGUCAUCGGAACUGCAGUUUCGCAUUGGAUUGGAAGUGGCUUGGUGUUACAAGGUCUGAGCUGAACUGGACACAUUGAAGUUCAAAGGAUUGACUUAUCAUUUUAUGGGUCAAAUUGAGGUUAAAAACCAAGGGGCAAAACAACAUUUACAGUAGUUCGUGCUAACUUCUUUAAUCGUUCAUCCAUCGCGCAAGUUUCAGUUAUCCAAAUCUAAAAUCGAUUGCUCAGAUUCUAAAUUUAUAGCCUUUAUUAAUUAAAUAUUAACUAAACUAAAAUUUGCGUAUUUUCAGAUCCACUACCAGGCAGUGGAAAAAGCAAAUGGGGACAAUAUUGACAAUUUUUUCUGAAAAUAAGCACAUAGUUCUAUCUUAACAUAAAUUUAUAAACUCGACGACCUUGUCUAGUACAAAUAUAAAUCCUAACAUUUACUUGUAAUUGACAGCACUGUGCAUUCUGCCCUUCUUUCGUCCCGAGACAGUUGAUGCACAGUGAAUAGGGGAGCAAGGGGAACUUUACCCCACGUCAUUGUGAUUCUCUCAGGAUACCCAAAAUAGAUCAUCAUAAAUAUUCCAAUCCAUAAGUUUUAAGUUUAAAACAAAAGAACAGAGAAUCUCUCCAUGCUCCUCUUUGGACUUUAUUUUGUUCCCAGAACAGUUAUACCUUAAUUAACUCAUAUUAAUGAAGCACUUGAAUUCAUUCUUGCCAUUGUCUCUUGAAAAUUAAAUCAUACUAAUGCAAAUAUGCAUUGAAAUGGAUAGAAAUUAGUCAAUUAAGCAUGAAAAACAGCAAAACAAAUACCAGUGAAAUGGUAUUUUUCCCCAACGGCUGUUGGCAUACUAAAAUAGAAUUCUACAAUAAAUUUACUUUUGUUGCAUUUUAGUCUCACCUUCCAUGUCUUUGUGCUUAGAAUACUUUUAUUGAAGUUAGAUUAAAGGGAUACAAUUUCUCUAUUGUUGCAGAUUAACUAUUUUGGAAGAGGAUUCUGCUCAACUAUUUUUAAAAUGAAAGUGGAAGUCAUUAAUAUGCUAGAUCUUGCCACAUUAAAUCAGUAAAUGUUUCCAGACAAUAAUAAAUAAAUUAAUGCACUGCAUUGGAAUAUGACAUAGCAUCAGUUUGAUAUAUUAACUAUGCAAAAGUGAUGAUGAAAUAAUUUGUUCUGUUAAACUUAAUUUGAAACUGAUGGGCCAAGGUUUUGCUUUGGGCACUUUUUUUGGAUUAAGCAUUUCCCGAUGGCACUGGCAAAUUAUCUGUGGCAAAAGCUCAAUUGUUCAUACUUAGGGUUGGGGACCAGGCAAGAUACCAACAAAAUUUAAUUGUGCAGCUGAAGCCUGUGGUCAGUAUUUUUUUUUAAAACACAUUCAUCCUUUUAGAUAUGCCUAUGGAAGACAAUAUGCAAUGGGACAAAAACAGCUUGUAGAAGAAGCUUCCUAUGUGUACAAGAGCAAUGUUAUAUCAUCAUCAAAUUGUACUUGUUGGGUCUUUUACCCAGCCACAUUCCCACCGCCACUAAUCUGCUGCUAAAUAUAAUGGCCGAAGGUUAUGCAAAUUACUUUUAGUUUGAACCCUGUCCAAAAUGCAACUUUUUUUUUUAAUUAAGAUGUAAAAUACAACAAAAGAAUAUGUUUGUACGUAAAGUCAAAGAUUAGGAUUUGUGUACAAAUAUAGCACUGUAGAUAAUAUGUUGCACUUGAAAUCUCUGCUGUGUGGAGAAGACAGUGAUAAAAAAAAUAAGUUUACUGUAUGCAGGAAAUGAUAAAAUACAAAUGACACUUUUGCUUAUUUACCUGCAUUCUAUAACCUGUUAUACAUUAAAUGUUUAUAAAUAUACGCUGGUUUUACAAAAACAAAAAG